UCCGCCUUUAAAGAUCUGACCCGGCUGCUCUUACCGGUUUCGGUCCGAAAGAGCUUAAAAUUAUGUUCAGGAGGUCACAUGACCCGACCUAGAGACGAAACCCGAUUCGGAAGAGAAAGGAGGCAAAGGUUCUGCGGUGGUUCGGUCCAGCCGCGGGCCGUGUAACCCGCCUGAGAAAACGGGACCGUCCUGAAUAAGGAACCGGAGCUUUAAACACAGCAACCUCGGAAUCUGACCCGGUUCGGAGGGUGUGAAGGGUCAGGACAUAUGACGGUGGACGGACCGGUUCGGGUUCUGAGUCCAUUUUUGUUUCUAGGAGCUAAAAGUGUUCGCCCCCAGCCAGAACAACCGACUGCGCAUGUGGGCGUGGCUGGGUCAGUCAUGGACUUGUCUGACAGCGAAGACGAUCUCUACAACGAAAGGACGGCGUUGGUGGCCGCAGAGAAGCCGGCGGUGCCGUCCUACAAGCCCGGCUCGGACUGCAGCCCCCCUGACGGCUCGCCCACCAAACCCACCAGGGCGAGCGGACGUGCGCGGGAAGGCGCCUCCGAUCAGGAGGCGGAGGCAGAAGAGGAGGAGCUCACGCUGAAGUACGGAGCGAAGCACGUCAUCAUGCUCUUCAUCCCCGUCACGCUCUGCAUGCUGGUCGUGGUCGCGACCAUAAAGUCCGUCAGCUUCUACACGGAGAAGACCAACCAGCAGCUGAUCUACACGCCGUUCACAGAAGACACGCCCUCUGUUGGCCGCCGCCUCCUAAACUCUGUCCUCAACACCAUCAUCAUGAUCAGUGUCAUCGUGGUCAUGACCAUUUUUCUGGUCGUGCUCUACAAGUACCGCUGCUAUAAGUUCAUCCAUGGCUGGCUCAUCCUUUCGUCCCUCAUGCUGCUCUUCUGGUUCAGCGUCAUGUACCUGGGUGAAGUCUUCAAGACCUACAACUUGGCGGUGGACUAUCUGACGGUCGCCAUGGUAAUCUGGAACUUCGGGGCCGUGGGGAUGGUCUGCAUCCACUGGAAGGGCCCCCUGCAGCUGCAGCAGGCCUACCUGAUCCUCAUCAGCGCCCUGAUGGCGCUCGUCUUCAUCAAGUACCUCCCUGAGUGGUCGGCGUGGGUCAUCUUGGCCGCCAUCUCCGUCUACGACCUGGUGGCCGUUCUCAGUCCUAAAGGGCCCCUCAGGAUGUUGGUGGAAACGGCUCAGGAGCGCAACGAGCCCAUUUUCCCCGCCCUCAUCUACUCCUCCAUGAUGUGGGGCGUGGCCAUGGCGAGUCCGGUGGACGCCCACAGCUCUGAAACAGAUGAGGAGGCGGAUCAGAUGGUUGAGGGGGCGGAGCCUCAGGGUGGACGGCAGGGGGCAGAAGAGGAGCAGGAGGAGGACCGGGGGGUGAAGCUGGGUCUGGGGGACUUCAUCUUUUACAGCGUUCUGGUGGGGAAGGCGGCGGCGACUGGCGGCGACUGGAACACCACCAUCGCCUGCUUCAUCGCCAUCCUCAUCGGUCUGUGCCUGACGCUGCUGCUGCUCGCCAUCUUUAAGAAGGCCCUGCCGGCGCUGCCCAUCUCCAUCACCUUCGGCCUCAUCUUCUACUUCUCCACCGGCUUCGUGGUUCAGCCCUUCAUGGACCGCCUGGCUGCUCAUCAGUUCUACAUCUGACCAGCCCCGCCCUCCGAUGGCCCCGCCCCCUGUUCGCUUGCCAUCCACUCUGCUGCCAUCUGCCGAUAAAGCGCACAAAGAUGGCCGCCUGCCGAGUCAUUUCUAUUUUUGGAUGAAGCACAGGAAGUGAUGUCACUCUGGGUGGCCCUCACGUGCUUGGUGUGGGCGGAGCCAAGCUCCACAGCUGACUGUCAGAGGCACCGGUAGUUUUUUCCUUAGUCUGAAGGUAGUGGUGACCAUCUAACCCAAAGCAACCAAAACUCCAAUACCCAUGAUCCUCUGCUUCAGAGGUGCUCUCAGGUAUUUGUAAGUCAUCACCACGGAAGAAAAUGAAGCGAUGUGUGUGUUUAUAAAUCAUGACCUCUCCAGG